AUGGCUACAUAUGAAGAUGAUAUAGCCGAUGAUGUCGAGAUUCCAUUACAGUUUGGAGCUGACAGAUUCGUCACUGAAGCUGAAGGUGAAGUCUCAUCACAUCAACCUCAAGCUGCUGCUCAAGCUCGACCAGAUUCCCGAGGAGCUGCAUCCUCCAAUCAGGAAUACCACCAAGAAGUCGUACCUGAUGUCAUUCGUAAUUUCCUCGUCUACUUUCAAAACAAGGUCGCGGAAAGGAACGUCUAUGAACUACACUCCAUCUACGAAAACUCAUUCAACAAACUCACCGAAAUGUUUUAUUCAAACAAAUCGAGAUGGCCUGAUCCUCAAGUCGUCGCUGAAUUCGUAAAAGACGACUUGUCGGAUGGACCAUCAGAUCUCGAAUUACCCAACCAAUGGUUGUGGGAUAUAAUCGAUGAAUUCAUCUAUCAAUUCCAAUCAUUCUGCAACUAUCGAAGUAAAGUCAAGAGCAAGACUGAUCAGGAGAUUGAAUUAUUAAAGGAGAGGACUGAUGUCUGGAGUGUGUACAAUGUAUUAAAUGUUUUAUACUCUUUGAUUCAAAAGUCAAGAAUCAAUGAGCAACUAUAUGUGACCAAGAAUGGUGGUGAUGUUGCAGCCGUCGCUGGUGAAUACGGAUCCAAAACCCUUUACAGAAUGCUAGGCUACUUUUCCAUCGUUGGAUUACUACGAGUCCACUGUCUACUAGGCGAUUAUGUCCUCGCUUUGAAGACCAUGGAUAAUAUCGAGCUCAACAAGAAGGGGUUGUUUGCUCGUAUUACUGCAUGCCAUGUCACCACCUACUAUUACAUCGGAUUUGCGUAUAUGAUGAUGAGGAGAUACUCGGAUGCCAUCAAGACAUUUGCUCAUAUCUUGCUCUUCAUCUCCCGAACUAAGCAGUAUCACUCUAGGUCGUAUCAGUAUGAUGCGAUUACCAAAAAGAGUGAACAGAUGUAUGCUAUGCUCGCCAUGUGUGUGGCAUUAUGUCCUCAAAGAUUGGAUGAGAAUGUUCAUACCCUCAUGCGAGAAAAGCGCGGUGAAGAUCUCACCAAAAUGCAACGAAAUGAAGAAUCAGCGAUGGCAGUAUUUGAAGAACUCUUCAAUUUCGCUUGCCCUAAGUUUGUUUCACCUGUUGCUCCAAGUUAUGAUGUGCCUACAAACAGUGCUCAGCUCCCAACACAACUACAAACACGCAUCUUCCUAUCCGAAGUGCGCCAACAAUUAUCCAUUUCGACCAUUCGAUCCUACUUGAAGCUGUAUACGUCCCUGGGAGUAGACAAGCUAGCCACCUUCUUGGAUGUACCAAGUGAAGAAUUGCGUACCCAGAUCCUGACUUUUAAACACAAGACUCGACAACGAAAGUGGGAGAGUGGCCGUGUGCUUGAUGGAGAGUAUGGACCUACUUCUGAUUUGGAUUUGUAUAUCAAUCAGGAUAUGAUCCAUGUUGUUGAAAGCAAACAGGGACGACGUGUGGGAGAUUGGUUUAUACGCCAUUCAAACAAGUUUGAUGACAUUAUCUCGACAAUGACCAACCCGAAGGCUGUAAGGGCAUCAGAAUAA